AAAACAGCAGGCCAUUAGUUGGGCCGUUCUGCUCGUAGGCUACAGGCCCAGUGCGCCUGUUUCGCUGGAAGGCAAGAAGGCACGCCACCUCUGACUUGCCUUCGGGCACGGAUCUGGUUCCCCAGCAAAUCCCCUUCUCCUGCUCAGGAACCCACCCUCGGGCGCCGCGCCGGUAAGGUUCACCGGAAUCGCCGGUAAGGUUCACCGGAAUCGCCGGUACUGGGCGCCGCCCGCUGUCGCCGCGCCGGUAAGGUUCACCGGCAUCGCCGGUACUGGGCGCCGCGAUCGACUGGUUGACUCGAUCCGAUUACGAGCCGGCCGGCCCUAACCGACGCGUCCACCAGUCGAAUUCGGAAUCCCAUCUCGCCCGAUCCGUAAGGCAAUCGCAACAUUGGCUCUGGCUCGCUAUAUAUAGUCGUCUUUGGUUGGAUAAUUUCCACCUCAAGCGUACGUACGCACGUCCUCCAUCUCCAGCCGCUGCAUCUUGUUGCCGAGCCCGUCUCUCUCUCUCUCUUAGCCUACUGCUGUGGGCUGUGGCAGAUGGAGCCCAUGAGGGUGCGGACGAGAAUUCCUAUCAUCUACGAGGUCGUGGAAGAUCGGGAGCCGGCCGACGGGCAGCAAUUCCUGGAACGAGGUAUACGGGAUUGGAUGCAAGGCCGGUUGCCGUUGAUCGAUCAAGAACUCGACAUGUUACAGACACAACAAGAGGCUCGGCAGCAGAGCCGCUAUGAGGAGGAGGAGGAGGAGGAGGGGCCGUUCUGGCCGAGUUUGGUAGUCCCAGCCUCGCGCGACGCCGUCCUGCAGCUGCCGGAGACAGCCGGCGCGCCAGCCGGAGCCCGGCUCCAGCAAACGGAGUGCGCCGUGUGCCUCAAGGAUUUCAAGGUGGACGACAAGGUCACGACGAUGCCGUGUGACCACUACUUCCACCAAGGUUGCAUCUAUGAGUGGCUCAUGGUCAGCUGCGUCUGCCCCCUCUGCCGUCACGCGCUUCCUGCUGCAACUCCACCGGCGCACCACAUGGAGGCGACAAGUCCAUCUCCAUGACCAAUUUUUCUGCUGGUGUCACUCUCCCUGCUUCAAGCCAGGCAGACAAGGAAAUUUAUCAGCUAUUCAGUCCUCAAUGUAAACCUAGAACUUGAAGCAGAGCAUAUCUUUAUUGUUUUUGAGAAAAAAAAGAGCGUAUCCUGAUCUGCUUCUAGAGCAACGUUGUGGCCCCUCUCUCUCUCGCUCUCUGUUUUCCUUUGAUGUAAAACUAUUCAUGUCUCCAGAGAAGAAUGUUUAACUUGAACUAGUGCCAUGUUUAUUUUA